AUGCCUUCCUCAAUCCCCUAUGAUCCAUCACUAGUAAUGGCCAACAUAGUCAAAAAUGAAGCUAUCCAAAUUGUAUCCCAAAUAUCCGCCUUCCAAGCUCCCGUCGAUGGCUCCCAAGAAAAACUGAACACCCUGUUAACGGCCAAACGCGGUCGCGAAAUGACCCGCACAGGACCAAUAAACCUCGGCAUCGGCACCAGCAAAGUCAGCAACUUAAUCGAGAAACUCGACUCCCGCAUCGAAAAUGGCGCAUCCGAAUACGCAGAGAAGAAGAUAAAAUCCGAAGAGAAGAUCCAGCCGCUUCGCGCAAAAAUCAGAAGCGUGCAUGUAAAUAUGGAAAGUCCAGUAGAUUACGUCAAAACGCAAAUUAAAAGCAUGCCGCUGGCUUCCGAUUCGAUAAACUUGGAUGUCCAGUAUUUUACCAAUGAUACGAAUAGUCAAGAGUCGACAUCGCUGGCGAGGUGUCCAACGGCGUCAAACUGGGUGUUGAAAAAUUUGCCAAAUUCGAUCCUCAAUCAAGUCUUGAACGGAACAGCAGCCCUACAAAAUGCUACUCAAGCCAAUCAAGGCACAGUUUCGCAGGCAGCAGAAACAGCAUGUACGGGUGCCCAAAUAAUGUCCAUGAAAGCCAGCGACGUUAAAUCUUCCCUCUCGGCUCCGUCGGAGAUAGAUGAUGGUUCAAAUAAGAUUAUCGAUAUCAACCCUAUGAUGACUGCAUGUGAAGAUCAUCUCAAGAAAACUGCAGAAGAAAUGUGGGUGGCUAAAUACUAUCCUGGGAAGUAUAUGGCUAUUUCGUAUGAUAAUGUAGCUCCAUCAUCUGGACCUCCGGGUGCUUCAGCGACGGGAGGAAGCUCCGCUGAACAGACUGCUGCUCCAGCGGCGGAAUAG